AUGCACCGCAAUGAGGAUGCAUUUCCAUCACCUGAGGACUUUAUUCCUGAAAGAUGGCUGGCCGCUGAUGGCAAAGAAACUCGUAAGGCAUCUUGGACACCUUUUUCUGUUGGUUCUAGGAGGUGCAUCGGCAUCAAUCUCGCUCAAAUGGAGCUUUCCAAGCUUACUGCGGCUUUCUUUUUGAGAUUUGAUGCAAGGGUUGAUGAGACCAUGACUGAGGAAGAUAUGAGAAUGUAUGACACGUUCAAUGCUGGUCCAGCUGGUGCGAGGUUAUUUGUACAUAUGCGGGAAGUAUAA